CAGUCAGCUGAUCCCUUCACAUGACCGUCUUCUAGCUUCGCCUGUUUACCGGCGAAACUGCCGCAAACAAUCCGGUUUUAGACGACGAAGCCGCGAUGUUAGAGUCAGUUUAGGAACCGGACGGAGGAAUUUACCGGACAAACUUCCCAGCGUUUAUAAAAAACGGCUAAUUAUGCUAAUAAACGGAGCGUGAAUCCGCACAAAGGCUGGUUAGCUUCACUGAUCGAUGUGCUGCUCACUACAAUAGAGCUUUUUUUUCUUUUUUCACUUCAUUCACUUCCUCAAGGAAUUUAAAAUCCUCCACGAUGAGUCCAGAAGGGAAGCGGCUGUCCAACAUCAUCAUCCUCGGCUUCGGCUUCAUGUUCAUGUUCACGGCUUUCCAAACGUGCGGCAAUAUAGAGCAAACCGUGAUCAAGAGCUUCAACAGCAGCGAGUUCCACGGCAGCGGAUACACGAGCAUGUCCAUCAUCUAUGGAGUUUUCUCAGCGUCUAACCUGAUCGCCCCCUCGGUGGUGACGGUCAUCGGGCCUCAGCUCUCCAUGUUCUUCAGUGGACUCCUGUACAGCGGCUACAUCGCCAUGUUCAUCCAUCCGUACACCUGGAGCUUCUACACGGCGUCGGUGCUGGUCGGGAUCGGAGCUGCAGUUCUGUGGACGGCUCAGGGAAACGUUCUCGCCAUCAACUCCACUGACAGCACCAUAGGAAGGAACAGCGGCAUCUUCUGGGCUCUGCUGCAGUUCAGCUUAUUCUUUGGAAACCUGUACAUUUACUGCGCCUGGCACGGACACGUUCAUAUAACAGAUAAAGACCGUCAGACGGUGUUCAUCUCGCUCACCAUCAUCAGUCUGGUCGGCUGCUUCCUCUUCUUCCUCAUCAGGAAACCCGACCCAGAAUCUUCUCCUGUCAACUCGGAGGUCACCGAGUCGCUGCUGGAGCCCGAAUCCAUCGAGAGCUCCACAUCCAGUUCGACUCCGCCGGGACUCUGCUCUCAGGCUCUGGACGCCUUCAUUAAAGCCUGUAAAAUGUUCGUCUCCAAGGAAAUGCUGCUGCUGAGCGUCUCCAUCGGAUACACCGGUUUGGAGUUGACCUUCUACAGCGGUGUCUACGGGACGUGUAUCGGAGCCAUGACCCGCUUCGGUCAGGACGCUAAGAGUCUGAUCGGGAUCUCUGGGAUCUCUAUCGGAAUUGGAGAAAUCUUAGGAGGGGGCGUCUUCGGGCUGCUCAACAAGAACAAUCGCUUCGGCAGGAACCCGGUGGUUCUGCUGGGACUCAUCACUCACUACGUCGCCUUCUACCUGAUCUUCCUGAACAUCGCCAGCGACGCUCCUAUAGCUCCCGAAGCAGGAACCGACCUGGAGUCGUACAUCAGCCCCAGCGUCGGCGUUGCGUUGCUCUGCAGCUUCCUGCUCGGUUUGGGUGACAGCUGCUUCAACACUCAGCUGCUCAGCAUCAUCGGCUUCCUGUUCAGAGACAACAGCGCUCCAGCAUUCGCCGUCUUCAAGUUCAUCCAGUCCAUCAUGGCGGCGCUGGCCUUCUACUACAGUAACUACCUGCUGCUCCACUGGCAGCUGCUCAUCCUCGUCAUCGCCGGCUUCCUCGGCACCGUCACCUUCUUCGUGGCCGAAGGCGUCGCUCAGUCCAGCCGCCGGGAGUCCGACUACGACAGCAUCUGAGGGAAUCUGAGCAUCUGAGGUGUUUGGGUCUCCACGGCUGGAUUAGAACUCCUUCACAGAGACGUUUGUCGGACCGACGCUGUGGUACGUUUGGUUUUCACCGAGCCAGAUAGAGUCUGAGAGGCGGAGUGUGCACGCCAGAUAUACCUCAGUUAGCUUCAUUCCAAACUCCUUUUCUUUACUUUGUGCACACAGUCUGAACAAAUUCUACUCAGCGGGAUGGUGGAGGGAAUUAAAAAGCACUUUGGGUUGAUGUUAGUCCAGGACGGAGGGAGGACACACUGACUUAUCGAUCAGCCGCUGGUUUUAAUGCUCACUUUAAACAGACGUCUGCUGAUAUUCACUUUAUUUGAUCUUGACAGCAAAUCCCAUAAAGAGACUUGUCAGAAACAGCUUAUUUCUUUGUGCCAAAAUCAGUUAAAUACACCUUCCCCUUCUGCAAAUGUGGAUGAAUCCACCAUUGAAAAUAGUCCCAGACACAGCAUUUAUCAUAGAUGUUGGUCUUUUUAUGGAGUUGCUGCCAAGAACAAUAAAGAAUAUCUUCAACUCGUGCACAGAUUACAAUGAAACGCUGACAAAAGCAUCACUCUCAAAUUCCUUCAUCUAUUCACUGCACUUCACCGCUUUACUCCUCAGCUCCAGUUAAAGCUCGUCACAGCCGCAAAAUUCACUUUUCACCACAGAUUUACUGCAACUGGGAACAGAAUGUUAGUUUAAAGGGAAACAUAAUCAAGAAACUGGGUUCUUUCUGUUCAUUUCUGUUCCAUGUGAGGGUUCUGUGUUGCUGUUCAGCUUAUAUUCAGGGGAAAUGUCGGGCUGUAAUCGGAUCAUUUGACUGCUGGACAACAACAGACUGUUCGUGCCUCCAUGAAGGAAAGAUAAAAUCUUUUUCUUUGCUGCUUUUUCUCAUCACCUGAUGUUCAAACGGUGAAUGUUUGACAGGAAAGAGACACAACAAGACGGCAAAUCAGGAGGAAUUUACUUUUUAUUCCAGAUUUUUGGAUUGAAUCUAACUUGUAGCUUAAAAGGACACUGCAGUGAUGUAACGACGCUGAAGUUUGUUGACUCGCCACAGUUAUAUUUACCAAAGAAGCAGGAAGAGAUCCAAAAAUGUCAGUUACUACAAGUCCCAUAAUGCACCUUGAUAUCAUCUUAUUUAACCCUCAAAAUCCCAAAACCCACCAGCUGGUUUAAAGGACAGGAUUUCUUCAAAAAAAUCAUCUAAAUUAUGCUGAUUUAUCAGCCAGAAAUGUAAAAAUAGAAAGAAAUGUGACAUUUUCAACUUUCCGAUGGUCCUUGAACUCAUCAUCUGUUAAGUUGGAGCUUCAAAGCUUAAUAUUUCAUCAAAAGAAUGUUUCAUUCUUCAUGUUACAUUUAAAAAUCUGCCAAAAGUAGAUUCUUUAGAAAACAAAGAAUUUGCCAAACUUACAUAAUUUAUCAGCCAGAAAAUAAUAUUGAUGAUAUUUUUUACUUUACUUUUUUUUACUUACUUUUUUCUUCAUGCCGUUUAAAUAUUUGCUGCUGUUUGUUCUAACCAGACUCUAUUAAAAAGAAAACAACAAAAAGAAAUGAAUUUCUUGACACAACCGUGAAGUCAUCAAUACUCGGCUGAGACCAACAGACGCAUGACAGAAAUUCAGAGUUUUCAGCUGAACUGCAGGCUGUGUUUUUUUUUUUUUUUUAAAUGCCAAACUUAGACAGAAAAAAUGGCUGGAUUUCCACCUUUCUAACGGUCCUUGAAUUAAUCCUUUGUGACGUAGGGUUCAGUUGGGAAAAUUUACUACAUCUAAGUCCAAAAAUGAGCAUUUUGUGCUAAUAAUAUUCAGUAAAAAACUAAAAAUCUGCUGUUUUCGGUACAACAGAAAACCAUGUGUGAGGAUGCUAACAAUAACACAAGAAGUCUGCUGGAUGUAAAACAUGUUCAAAGUGACGCCGAGAACCUUUCAACAUGUGAAAACCUGAGCCUUAAAUGACAUUAUGCUGAAUAUUAACGGUUAAUACAGAAAACAAUGAAUUCAGGUCAGCUGAGUGUCCCUUUAAGUCUGUUUCCAAUAAAAAUGAUGCAGAAUAGUAAUAAAAUCUGAGCAACUAAAUCAGAAUCACACAAAAAUAUCUGAUAGAACCGGUUUAAAUUUAAAGUGCCCUUAUUCACAACAGUAGAACUAAAGUAACACUGCCGCAGAGCAACACUUCCAUCCUCUGGAACUCUUUUAUUGUCAGCUUCUCCGUCUUCUUGUGUGUUUUUCCUUCACUUUUCUGUCAUUUCAAACGGAUCUGAUGCCAAACGGUGCUGAAUUCAGGCCUUAAAACGUCGUCGUGGAAACAGAGUGAUGUCAGGGGCGCUGUACUCGUUUUCUUUUUGUGUCAUUUCCUGAAUCGCGGCACGUUGUUCCAGUUAAUUUAUUGCCAGAUUACAUGGAGGGCUUGUUUCAUGUUGCGACUGCAAUCAAGGAUAUAAAGGGAAACGCAUGAUUCUGAUAUAUGAGGUGAUUUUAUACUUGAAUGUAGUCAUUAAGAGGCACCCAGACUGUGGCUUGCUUGUUUUUAUUAUCAAUAAAAUGUUAUUUUGAACAUUA